GAGAGUGGACAUCAGUUGGUGAAAUCAGGCUCAGAGGAGACAAGAGAGUUUCUUGUAAUAACAGCAUAGCAACAGAUCAGCUACUUUUUACUCAACACAGUGGAACCACAGGGAGGACUUUUCUAACCUCAGAAUAGAAGUGUAACCCUGCCCUAAUGUCCAUCAUUGAGAAAAUGUCUACAGCGGAUUUGAUGGAGAAUCUCAGGGAAGAACUCACCUGUUUCAUCUGCUUGGACUAUUUCAACAGCCCAGUGACCACCGAGUGUGGGCACAGCUUUUGUCUGAUGUGUCUCCUCAAGAGCUGGGAGGAGCAUAACACCCCUUUAUCUUGUCCUGAGUGCUGGAGGACCCUGGAGGGCCCGCACUUCCAGCCCAACGAGCGCCUGGGGAGGCUGGCUAGCAUCGGCAGACAGCUCAGGUCCCAGGUGCUGCAGGGCGAGGACGAGCAGAGCGUCUGCGGCAGGUCUUCAGCGGCCAGCAAAGCCUUCUCGGAGGAGGAGCAGAGCGGGGGUGCUUUCUCGGUCCAGAAUCACGGGGCGACCAGGGCACUUCUCCCCAGCGAGACGGAGGAGCACCACAAAGAGAAACUCCAGGGAAUCCUAAAUCUCCUGCGUAAGAAGAAAAAGGAAGUUCAGACGAUAUUAACCCACGAGAGGGAGAGAGUGAUACUGUGUAAGGAAGAGACAAAGACUUUUAAACAGGUCGUUGUGUCGGAAUAUAUGAAAAUGCACCAGUUCCUGAAGGAAGAGGAGCAGCUGCAACUCCAGCUACUAGAAAAGGAAGAGAAAGAGAACGUGAGGAAACUGAGGAACAGUGAGACCCAGCUGACCCAGCAGAUCCGGAGCCUAAGCAAGAUGAUCGGACAGAUAGAGUCCACAUGUCAGAACUCAAUUUUAGAAUCAUUGGAGGAGGUGAGAGGUGCCCUGGAAAGGAACGAGCCCCUCCUGCUUCAAUCUCCAGAGGCCACUACCACUGAGCUGAGUUUGUGCCGAGUCACCGGGAUGAGGAAGAUGCUAAGGAAAUUCAGCACGGAGAUAACUCUGGAUCCAGCCACGGCCAAUGCCUACCUAGUCUUGUCUGAGGAUCUGAAAAGCGUGAAAUACGGAGGGAUCAGACAGCAGUUACCUGACAACCCGGAAAGAUUUGACCAGUCUGCAACUGUGCUGGGCGCUCAGACCUUCACCUGUGGGAGACACUACUGGGAGGUGGAAGUGGGAAACAAGACCGAGUGGGAAGUAGGCAUCUGCAAGGACUCGGUGAGCAGGAAGGGGAAUCUCCCAAAGCCGCCCGGGGACCUCUUCUCACUCAUAGGCUUAAAAAUUGGAGAUGAUUAUAGUCUUUGGGUCUCAUCGCCUUUAAAGGGCCAGCAUGUCAGAGAGCCCGUGCAUAAGGUCGGUGUGUUCUUAGACUACGAGUCUGGAAACAUAGCGUUCUACAACGUGACCGAUGAGUCCCUCAUCUACAGCUUCCCCCCAGCCUCUUUCCAAGAGGCCCUCAGGCCCAUCUUCUCCCCUUGUCUCCCAAACGAAGGGACGAACAUAGAUCCUCUAACCAUCUGCUCUCUGAAAAGCCAAGUCUGAGGGACAUGCCUUUGAGCCUUCCCUGAGGAUGAGGUCUAAGACUAACAGAUAGCUAUUAAUGAAGAUGACUAAUACAGUGACGGGAUUAACAUCAGGUGAUCUGAGACACCCCCCACCCCAGAGUUUCCAUACACUUGAGCCCUCAGCGAACAGCUAAAUUGGAUGAUCAACUUCAACACCAGUAGAAGAGAGCUGAUCAUGUCCUGUGUCUUUAACUAAAUUCUUUAUCUAGACUCCCCCAUGUACCUGCCGGUCACUCAAACUAUAGGGACAGAACUAGCCCUUAUAGUGCUGAAUCCCACUGUCAUAGGCCAGUUUUAUAAAUAUAUGUCACUUUUGCAA